CGCUGUUGCUGCACAUCAGCUUUGUUGGGGCGCCAACAAACAUCAACAAAUCAUUGGGCCGCAGAAAGCCAUUCUGGAAGGUCCUGGGAUGCCGUGUUUGUGGGGACGUGAGGGUUCACCAGGGAGACACUUCACCUGCACCCGCUAUCUAUCAACACUGAUCAUUUUCAAGCAAGAUGGCGACAAGAGGCCUGAUGCACUGCCUCCUUCUGAGCGUCUUGCUCACCGCCUGUGCUGCCGGUCUUGUAAAAAAGAUGCUCCGCCAUCGCCGCCAGAACCCUGAAGAACACAACGUCACCUUGCCCGGCGGCGAUCAGCCUAUGGUUUUUAACCACGUCUACAACAUCAACGUCCCUGCCAGCAGCCCGUGUUUCGUCAACCUGGACGGCGGCCCCAGCAGCACGCCCCAGACGGAGACUGCUGUCACCUCCGGCCGCCACACCACACACCAGGCCACGGAUGGCGAGAACCAGAUUGUCUUCACCCACCGCAUUAACCUCCCUCGACAGCUGUGUGGCUGCAGCGCCGACGUGCCGGGCCUGAGGGACCUCAUGAGCCGCAUAGAGAUGCUCGAGGGGGAGGUGUCGGCGUUGAGGAGUCAGUGCGGCGGCGAGGGCACCUGUUGUGGCGCACAGGUGACAGGGAACGUGCGAACGAGGCCUUUCUGUGGAGGCCAUGGUAACUACAGCACGGAGUCCUGCAGCUGUAAAUGUGAGCCUGGCUGGAAGGGUCCUAACUGCACUGAGUCCGACUGUCCCAACAUGUGCCAGGGCCGAGGACGCUGUGUGGGAGGCGUGUGCAUCUGCCAGGAAGGUUUCCUCGGCGAGGAUUGCUCAGAACUGACGUGUCCUAACAACUGCUACGGGCGGGGGCGCUGCGUCAACGGCACCUGUCGGUGUGACCAGGGAUUUGGGGGGGAGGAUUGCAAACAGCGCACUUGUCCCGGUGACUGUCACAGCAAUGGGUUUUGCGUUGACGGCCGGUGUGUGUGCGCGGCAGGUUACAGCGGAGAGGACUGCUCCCGCCUCACCUGCCUCAAUGACUGCAGCGACAGAGGCACAUGCGUCAACGGGAUGUGCAUCUGCGACGACGGGUAUCAAGGAGAGGACUGCAGCCAGUUGGCGUGUCCCAACAACUGCAACAGCAGGGGCCAAUGCAUCAACGGACGGUGUUCCUGUGAUGUCGGCUUCCAAGGAAGCGAUUGCUCCGAGCUAUCUUGUCCGAGCAACUGCCUCCAGAGGGGUCGCUGCAUCAACGGGCAGUGUGUGUGCCAGGAAGGAUUCGCCGGCGAGGACUGCAGUAUCAAGACCUGCCCCUCAAACUGCUUCGGCCGUGGUGAGUGUGUUGAGGGGCGUUGCUUGUGCCACCCCGGAUUCGCUGGAGAGGACUGCGCCCAUCUGAGCUGCCCUAAUAACUGCCAGAACCACGGCCGCUGCAUAGACGGGCAGUGUGUGUGUGAUGAAGGAUUCGCUGGGGAGGACUGCGGUCAGAAAGCGUGCCCCAAUGACUGCUUAGCUCGGGGAUACUGCGACCACGGCGUAUGUGUUUGUCAGGAGGGCUACUUGGGCGUUGACUGCUCCGUGCACACCUGUCCAGACAACUGCAACAACAGGGGGCGCUGCAUCAACGGGAGGUGCGCCUGUGAGAGUGGGUAUGAAGGGGAGAGCUGCGCGGAGCUGAGCUGCCUGAACAACUGCCACGACAAAGGGCGCUGUGUCAAGGGUCAGUGCCUCUGCGACGAGGGAUACAUUGGAGAUGACUGCUCUGAAGUGUCUCCUCCAAAGGAUCUCUCUGUCGGUGAGGUCACCACGGAGACGGUGGACUUGUCCUGGAUUAACGACAUGCUGGUUACCGAAUACCUCGUCACAUAUGUGCCCACCCAGCCCGGUGGGCUCCUGCUUGACUUCACCGUGCCGGGAGACCAAACCACUGCCACGGUCGAGGAGCUCGAGCCGGGCCUAGAGUACCAGAUCAACGUGUACGCCGUCCUGAGCAACAAGAGGAGUGUACCGGUUAGCGCCACAGUGGCCACAGCUCUUCCACAGCCAGAAGGUUUGAGAUUCAAGUCUGUGAGGGAGACAUCCGUUGAGGUGGUGUGGGAGCAGCUCAACAUCCCCUUUGACGGCUGGCAGAUCUACUUCCGCAACACGAAAGAAGAAAACGGAAAAGUGGUGAGCAACGUUCCUUCGAAUCAAAAUCGCUUCCUUCAGUCAGGCCUCGGACCGGGGCAGGAGUACGAGGUGUCCAUCAGCGUCCUCAAGAACAACACCAGUGGACCUCCGACAUCCAAACGAGUCACAACCAACAUCGAUGCCCCGCAGCAGCUGCAGGUCCAGGACGUUACCGACUCCUCAGCCCUGGUCAGCUGGUCUCAGCCGGUGGUGCCGUCGGAUCGGGUCACCAUCUUUUACAAGCCUAGCUCCGCCCCCUCUGAAGGCAUCAAGGUCGAGAUUUUCCCGCCGGACAAGCAGCACAGCCUGGAGGGUUUGAAGCCCGACACCGAGUACACCGUGUCCCUCGUCUCCCGCAAACUGGACGCCAGCAGCGAGCCGACUUUGGCCACCUUCACUACAGGGCUAGACGCCCCCAGGGAGCUAACGGCGGUGUCCCAGACAGAGGACAGCAUCACCCUACGCUGGCGCAACAGCCGUGCUGACGUGGACAGCUACCGCCUGAAAUACAGCCCGUUGUCGGGGGUCGCUCACGCCGAGGAAGUGUUCCCUCGAGGUCCGGGAGACACCACCACCGCCACCAUCGGGGGGCUCAAGCCAGGGACCGAGUACGGGAUCGGCGUGACCGGGGUGAAGAACGAGCGUGAGAGUCUCCCAGCCACCGUAAACGCAGCCACGGACCUCGACCCUCCAAGAGCUUUGGAGCAAACCGGAUCCACAGAGACCUCCAUCUCCAUCCAGUGGCAGAAGCCCCACGCCAAAGUGACCAGCUACAGGCUAGUCUACGUCUCCAGAGACGGACAAGUGGAGGAGGCCGAGGUCCCGCCUUCUGACACCUCCUUCGUCUUAGUCGACCUGACACCCGCCAUGAGUUACACCAUCACCUUGACGGCGGAACGAGGCCACAAGAUGAGCUUGCCGGUCACUCUGUCCGCAUCAACAGUAGCUGCCAGAACUUCCCCUCCGGAUCUUCAAACAACGGCCAGUUCCCUCCAGCCAGAAACCACCGCAUCCUCGGGACACCUCAGGGUCCUGAAGGCUACCCCCACUAGCAUUAGCCUGGCCUGGUCCGUGCCAGAUCAGCCUUACCAGAGCUUCUCAGUGGAGUUCCUUGCUCCGUCAGCGCCCACCCAUGUGAUGGCGCUAACAGGAAGUGGGAGGAGCGUGGAAAUGGAGGGCCUGUCCCCUUCCACACGCUAUGAAAUAACAUUGCGAGGCAUGUUGGAGGGGAACGUCACUUCCUUAACUCUCAAAGGUUUUGCUACAACAGCAGAGGCACUCAAGCCCUCAGUGGGCGACCUCGCCUUUUCUGACAUAAUGUGGGACGGCUUCACGGCGUCCUGGAGCCCCUCACCCGGCACCGACGUUGACAGCUUUGUGGUGGAGGUAACGAACUUGGACAAUAUGGCGGAGAGCCAGAACCUCACCGUGUCGGGGGGCGCCCUCAGUCUGGGCCUGUCGGGCCUGAACGCCAACACCAGCUACAUGGUAGGCCUGUACGGGCUCUACCGGGGCUCCUUCCUUGAGCCUGUGUACGCCCAAGCCACCACAGAGGCGGAACCCGAGGUAGAGCAUCUCUUUGUUUCCGACAUCAACGCCGACAGUUUCCGCGUGUCGUGGGCGGUGGAUGAAGACCUCUUUGACAGAUUUGUUAUCAAACUGCGGGACAGCAAGAGGUCGGGGCACCCACAGGAGCACAUCGUCGCUGGCGACGAGCGAACCAGGCUAAUCACUGGACUCCAAGGGGGCACGGAGUAUGAAAUUGAGCUUUAUGGAGUUUCUUUGGACCACCGAUCCCAGUCUAUCUUUGGGGUGGCUCAGACAGGCCUGAUGACACCGAAGGGCCUUCGUUUUUCUGACGUGACCGACUCGUCAACUGUCGUCCACUGGUCCGUGCCUCAGUCGGCAGUCGACAACUAUCGCAUCACAUACGCGCCGUUUGAAGGGGGAAGCCCCAUGUUGGUGACCGUGGACGGCGACGUCCUCCAAGCCUUGCUGCCCAACAUGAGUCCCGGCAGGAUGUAUCAGGUGACUGUCACCGCCGUGAAGGGUCUGGAGGAGAGCGACCCCAGCGUUGAUUCCGUAACCACAGCUUUGGAUCGACCUCAAGGUCUGACUGCGGUGAACGUGAUGGACAGCUCUGCUCUGUUGCUGUGGCAACCGUGUGUAGCCUCGGUGGAUGGCUACGUUAUCAUGUACAGCUCCGAGUCAGCGUCCCCGGUCGUGGAGCAGGUCUCGGGGGCAAUGACGGAGUUAGCCAUGGGGUCCCUGGCUCCAGGGAGUCUCUACACGGUGGAACUCUUUGCCACCAAGGAGGCUCAGAGGAGUGCAUCUGUUGGAACAGAAUUCACCACCGAUGUGGACCCCCCUCGAGAUCUGAUGGCCGUUAACAUUCAAGCAGACACCGCCACUCUGUCGUGGAAACCUCCACAGGCCGCCAUCAGCGUUUACGUCCUCACCUUCUCUUCGCCAGACGGCGCCGCUCGGGAGGUGACACUGAGCCCCACAGCCACGUCUUACAUCAUGGCCCAGCUGGCCAGGUCCACGGAGUACACGGUCCACAUGCAGGCCGUCGCCGGAGACAAGAGGAGUCGGCGCAUAACGACCGUCUUCACGACAGUUGGAGAUUUGCACCGACACCCCAAAGACUGCGCUCAGAUCUUCCAGAACGGGGAGACGACGUCGGGCGUGUACACGGUUUAUGUGGGCGGCGUGGACAGCCAGGCUGUUCAGGCGUACUGCGACAUGGACACAGACGGCGGAGGAUGGAUGGUGUUCUUGAGACGCCAGAACGGACGGCUGGACUUCUUCAGAAACUGGAAGAACUACACGGCUGGCUUUGGUAACCUCAACGACGAGUUCUGGCUGGGUCUCGGCAACCUUCACAAGAUCACCUCCGCCGGGCAAUACGUGCUGCGCGUGGACCUGAGGGACAGCGGGGAGUCGGCCUACGCUCAGUACGACCGGUUCAGCAUCGCAGAGCCCAGAACACGAUACAAGAUCUCGAUCGGGGCUUACAGCGGAACGGCGGGCGACUCCAUGACGUACCACCAGGGGCGCCCCUUCUCCACCUACGACAACGACAACGACAUCGCCGUCACCAACUGUGCUCUGUCCUACAAAGGAGCCUUCUGGUACAAAAACUGCCACCGCGUCAACCUGAUGGGCAAAUACGGUGACACGAGUCACAGCAAGGGUGUCAACUGGUUCCACUGGAAGGGACACGAAACCUCCAUCCAGUUCGCUGAGAUGAAAAUGCGACCGGUGGACUUUGGGAAUCUGGAAAGCAGGAAAAAGAGAUCCUAGGGAGAGAGAGAGAGAGACGGUCGCUACGCUCGCUACACAAAUACACAACAAUCACACACACGUCAAAGGCACAUCAAUCACAUUUAAAAAAAAAAGUUUCAUCAUUUAGUAUCCUCAGGACACUUAAGUCAUAUUUGAAUUGUAACUCCCACUACAAACAAAUAAAGAAAUAUUGUGUGUC